AUGACCCCGCCCCAUUCUCCCGCUUUCCAUCACCCCGCUCCAUUCUCCCGCUUUCCACACCCCGCUCCAUUCUCCCGCUUUCCAUCACCCCGCCCCAUUCUCCCGCUUUCCAUCACCCCGCCCCAUUCUCCCUCCUUCCAUCACCCCGCCCCAUUCUCCCGCUUUCUAUCACCCCGCCCCAUUCUCCCUCCUUCCAUCAACCCGCCCCAUUCUCCCUCCUUCCAUCACCUCGCCCCAUUCUCCCGCUUUCCAUCACCCCGCCCCAUUCUCCAGCUUCCCAUAACCGCACCCCAUUCUCCUGCUUUCAAUCACCCCGCCACAUUCUCCCGCUUUCCAUCACCCCGCCCCAUUCUCCUUCCUUCCAUCACCCCGCCCCAUUCUCCCUCCGUCCAUCACCCCGCCCCAUUCUCCCGCUUUCCAUCACCCCGCCCCAUUCUCCCGCUUUCCAUCACCCCACCCCAUUCUCCCGCUUUCCAUCACCCCGCCCCCUUCUCCCUCCUUCCAUCACCCCGCCCCAUUCUCCCUCCUUCCAUCACCCCGCCCCAUUCUCCCGCUUUCCAUCAGCCCGCCCCAUUCUCCCGCUUUCCAUCACCCCGCCCCUUUCUCCCGCUUUCCAUCUCCCCGCCCCAUUCUCCCGCUUUCCAUCACCCCGCCCCAUUCUCCCGCUUUCCAUCACCCCGCCCCUUUCUUCCGCUUCCCAUCAUCCCGCCCCAUUCCCCCGCUUUCCAUCACCCGCCCCAUUCUCCCGCUUUCCAUCACCCUGCCCCAAUCUUCCGCUUUCCAUCACCCCGCCCCAUUCUCCCUCCUUCCAUCACCGCGCCCCAUUCUCCCGCUUUCCAUCACCCCGCCCCAUUCUCCCGCUUUCCAUCACCCCGCCCCAUUCUCCCGCUUUCCAUCACCCCGCCCCAUUCUCCCGCUUUCCAUCACCCCGCCCCAUUCUCCCUACUUCCAUCACCCCGCCCCAUUCUCCCGCUUUCCAUCAUCUCGCCCCAUUCUCCCUCCUUCCAUCACCCCGCCUCAUUCUCCCUCCUUCCAUCACCCCGCCCCAUUCUCCCGCUUUCCAUCACCCCGCCCCAUUCUCCCGCUUCCCAUAACCCCACCCCAUUCUCCCGCUUUCCAUCACCCCGCCACAUUCUCCCGCUUUCCAUCACCCCGCCCCAUUCUCCUUCCUUCCAUCACCCCGCCCCAUUCUCCCUCCUUCCAUCACCCUGCCCCAUUCUCCCGCUUUCCAUCAGCCCGCCCCAUUCUCCCGCUUUCCAUCACCCCGCCCCAUUCUCCCGCUUUCCAUCACCCCGCCCCAUUCUCCCGCUUUCCAUCACCCCGGCCCAUUCUCCCGCUUUCCAUCACCCCGCCCCCUUCUCCCUCCUUCCAUCACCCCGCCCCAUUCUCCCUCCUUCCAUCAGCCCGCCCCAUUCUCCCGCUUUCCAUCAGCCCGCCCCAUUCUCCCGCUUUCCAUCACCCCGCCCCUUUCUCCCGCUUUCCAUCUCCCCGCCCCAUUCUCUCGCUUUCCAUCAACCCGCCCCAUUCUUCCGCUUCCCAUCAUCCCGCCCCAUUCCCCCGCUUUCCAUCACCCCUCCCCAUUCUCCCUCCUUCCAUCACCCCGCCCCAUUCUCCCGCUUUCCAUCACCCGCCCCAUUCUCCCGCUUUCCAUCACCCGCCCCAUUCUCCCGCUUUCCAUCACCCCGCCCCAUUCUCCCGCUUUCCAUCAACCCGCCCCAUUCUCCCGCUUUUCAUCACCCCGCCCCAUUCUCCCGCUUUCCAACACCCCGCCCCAUUCUCCCGCUUUCCAUCACCCCGCCCCAUUCUCCCGCUUUCCAUCACUCCCCCCAUUCUCCCGCUUUCCAUCACCCCGCCCCAUUCUCCCGCUUUCCAUCACCCCGCCCCAUUCUCCCGCUUUCCAUCACCCCGCCCCAUUCUCCCUUCUUCCAUCACCCCGCCCCAUUCUCCCGCUUUCCAUCACCCCGCCCCAUUCUCCCUCCUUCCAUCACCCCGCCCCAUUCUCCCUCCUUCCAUCACCCCGCCCCAUUCUCCCGCUUUCCAUCACCCCGCCCCAUUCUCCCGCUUCCCAUAACCCCACCCCAUUCUCCCACUUUCCAUCACCCCGCCACAUUCUCCCGCUUUCUAUCACCCCGCCCCAUUCUCCCUCCUUCCAUCACCCCGCCCCAUUCUCCCGCUUUCCAUCACCCCGCCCCAUUCUCCCGAUUUCAAUCACCCCACCCCAUUCUCCCGCUUUCCAUCACCCCGCCCCAUUCUCCCGAUUUCCAUCACCCCGCCCCAUUCUCCCGCUUUCCAUCACCCCGCCCCAUUCUCCCGCUUUCCAUCACCCCGCCCCAUUCUCCCGCUUUCCAUCAUCCCGCCCCAUUCUCCCUCCUUCCAUCACCCCGCCCCAUUCUCCCGCUUUCCAUCACUCCGCCCCAUUCUCCCUCCUUCCAUCACCCCGCCCCAUUCUCCCUCCUUCCAUCACCCCGCCCCAUUCUCCCGCAUUCCAUCACCCCGCCCCAUUCUCCUUCUUCCCAUAACCCCACCCCAUUCUCCCGCUUUCCAUCACCCCGCCACAUUCUCCCACUUUCCAUCACCCCGCCCCCUUCUCUCUCCUUCCAACACCCCGCCCCAUUGUCCCUCCUUCCAUCACCGCGCCCCAUUCUCCUGCUUUCCAUCAGCCCGCCCCAUUCUCCCGCUUUCCAUCACCCCUCCCCUUUCUCCCGCUUUCCAUCUCCCCGCCCCAUUCUCCCGCUUUCCAUCACCCCGCCCCAUUCUCCCGCAUUCCAUCACCCCGCCCCAUUCUUCCGCUUCCCAUCAUCCCGCCCCAUACCCCCGCUUUCCAUCACCCCUCCCCAUUCUCCCUCCUUCCAUCACCCCGCCCCAUUCUCUCGCUUUCCAUCACCCCGCCCCAUUCUCUCGCUUUCCAUCACCCCCCCCCCCCAUUCUCCCGCUUUCCAUCACCCUGCCCCAUUCUCCCGCUUUCCAUCACCCCGCCCCAUUCUCCCUCCUUCCAUCACCCUGCCCCAUUCUCCCUCAUUCCAUCACCCCGCCCCAUUCUCCCGCUUUCCAUCACCCCGCCCCAUUCUUCCGCUUCCUUUAACCCCACCCCAUUCUCCCGCUUUCCAUCACCCCGCCACAUUUUCCCACUUUCCAUCACCCCGCCCCCUUCUCUCUCCUUCCAUCACCCCGCCCCAUUCUCCCUCCAUCCAUCACCCCGCCCCAUUCUCCCGCUUUCCAUCAGCCCGCCCCAUUCUCCCGCUUUCCAUCACCCCGCCCCUUUCUCCCGCUUUCCAUCUCCCCGCCCCAUUCUCUCGCUUUCCAUCACCCCACCCCAUUCUCCCGCUUUCCAUCACCCCGCCCCAUUCUUCCGCUUCCCAUAAUCCCGCCCCAUUCCACCGCUUUACAUCACCACUCCCCAUUCUCCCUCCUUCCAUCACCCCGCCCCAUUCUUACGCUUUCCAUCACCCGCCCCAUUCUCCCGCUUUCCAUCACCUCGCCCCAUUCUCCCGCUUUCCAUCACCCCGCCCCAUUCUUCUGCUUUCCAUCACCCCGCCCCAUUCUCCCGCUUUCCAUCACCCCGCCCCAUUCUCCCUCCUUCCAUCACCCCGCCCCAUUCUCCCUCCUUCCAUCACCCCGCCCCAUUCUCCCGCUUUCCAUCACCCCGCCACAUUCUCCCGCUUUCUAUCACCCCGCCCCAUUCUCCCUCCUUCUAUCACCCCGCCCCAUUCCCCCGCUUUCCAUCACCCCUCCCCAUUCUCCCUCCUUCCAUCACCCCGCCCCAUUCUCCCGCUUUCCAUCACCCCGCCCCAUUCUCUCGCUUUCCAUCACCCCGCCCCUUUCUCCCUCCUUCCAUCACCCCGCCCCAUUCUCCCGCUUUCCAUCACUCCGCCCCAUUCUCCCUCCUUCCAUCAACCCGCCCCAUUCUCCCUCCUUCCAUCACCCCGCCCCAUUCUUCCGCAUUCCAUCACCCCGCCCCAUUCUCGUGCUUCCCAUAACCCCACCCCAUUCUCCCGCUUUCCAUCACCCCGCCACAUUCUCCCACUUUCCAUCACCCCGCCCCCUUCUCUCUCCUUCCAACACCCCGCCCCAUUCUCCCUCCUUCCAUCACCGCGCCCCAUUCUCCUGCUUUCCAUCAGCCCACCCCAUUCUCCCGCUUUCCAUCACCCCUCCCCUUUCUCCCGCUUUCCAUCUCCCCGCCCCAUUCUCCCGCUUUCCAUCACCCCGCCCCAUUCUCCCGCUUUCCAUCACCCCGCCCCAUUCUUCCGCUUCCCAUCAUCCCGCCCCAUACCCCCGCUUUCCAUCACCCCUCCCCAUUCUCCCUCCUUCCAUCACCCCGCCCCAUUCUCUCGCUUUCCAUCACCCCGCCCCAUUCUCCCGCUUUCCAUCACCCCCCCCCCAUUCUCCCGCUUUCCAUCACCCCGCCCCAUUCUCCUGCUUUCCAUCACCCCGCCCCAUUCUCCCUCCUUCCAGCACCCCGCCCCAUUCUCCCUCAUUCCAUCACCCCGCCCCAUUCUCCCGCUUUCCAUCACCCCGCCCCAUUCUUCCGCUUCCCAUAACCCCACCCCAUUCUCCCGCUUUCCAUCACCCCGCCACAUUUUCCCACUUUCCAUCACCCCGCCCCCUUCUCUCUCCUUCCAUCACCCCGCCCCAUUCUCCCUCCAUCCAUCACCCCGCCCCAUUCUCCCGCUUUCCAUCAGCCCGCCCCAUUCUCCCGCUUUCCAUCACCCCGCCCCUUUCUCCCGCUUUCCAUCUCCCCGCCCCAUUCUCCCGCUUUCCAUCACCCCGCCCCAUUCUCCCUCCUUCCAUCACCCCGCCCCAUUCUUCCGCUUCCCAUCAUCCCGCCCUAUUCCACCGCUUUCCAUCACCACUCCCCAUUCUCCCUCCUUCCAUCACCCCGCCCCAUUCUUCCGCUUUCCAUCACCCGCCCCAUUCUCCCGCUUUCCAUCACCUCGCCCCAUUCUCCCGCUUUCCAUCACCCCGCCCCAUUCUUCUGCUUUCCAUCACCCCGCCCCAUUCUCCCGCUUUCCAUCACCCCGCCCCAUUCUUCCGCUUCCCAUAACCCCACCCCAUUCUCCCGCUUUCCAUCACCCCGCCACAUUUUCCCACUUUCCAUCACCCCGCCCCCUUCUCUCUCCUUCCAUCACCCCGCCCCAUUCUCCCUCCAUCCAUCACCCCGCCCCAUUCUCCCGCUUUCCAUCAGCCCGCCCCAUUCUCCCGCUUUCCAUCACCCCGCCCCUUUCUCCCGCUUUCCAUCUCCCCGCCCCAUUCUCCCGCUUUCCAUCACCCCGCCCCAUUCUCCCUCCUUCCAUCACCCCGCCCCAUUCUUCCGCUUCCCAUCAUCCCGCCCCAUUCCACCGCUUUCCAUCACCACUCCCCAUUCUCCCUCCUUCCAUCACCCCGCCCCAUUCUUCCGCUUUCCAUCACCCGCCCCAUUCUCCCGCUUUCCAUCACCUCGCCCCAUUCUCCCGCUUUCCAUCACCCCGCCCCAUUCUUCUGCUUUCCAUCACCCCGCCCCAUUCUCCCGCUUUCCAUCACCCCGCCCCAUUCUCCCUCCUUCCAUCACCCCGCCCCAUUCUCCCUCCUUCCAUCACCCCGCCCCAUUCUCCCGCUUUCCAUCACCCCGCCACAUUCUCCCGCUUUCUAUCACCCCGCCCCAUUCUCCCUCCUUCUAUCACCCCGCCCCAUUCCCCCGCUUUCCAUCACCCCUCCCCAUUCUCCCUCCUUCCAUCACCCCGCCCCAUUCUCUCGCUUUCCAUCACCCCGCCCCAUUCUCCCUCCUUCCAUCACCCCGCCCCAUUCUUCCGCUUUCCAUCACUCCGCCCCAUUCUCCCUCCUUCCAUCACCCCACCCCAUUCUCCCUCCUUCGAUCACCUUGCCCCAUUCUCCCGCUUUCCAUCACCCCGCCCCAUUCUCCCGCUUUCCAUCAGCCCGCCCCAUUCUCCCGCUUUCCAUCACCCCGCCCCAUUCUCCCUCUUUCGAUCACCCGCCCCAUUCUCCCGCUUUCCUUCACCCCGCCCCAUUCUUUCGCCUCUUUCCAUCACCCCGCCCCAUUCUCCCUCUAUCCCUCACCCAAAUCUCCUGCUUCCCAUAACCCCACCCCAUUCUCCCGCUUUCCAUCACCCCGCCACAUUCUCCCACUUUCCAUCACCCUGCCCCCUUCUCUCUUCUUCCAUCACCCCGCCCCAUUCUCCCUCCUUCUAUCACCCCGCCCCAUUCUUCCACUUCCCAUCAUCUCGCCCCAUUCUCCCGCUUUCCAUCACCCCUCCCCAUUCUCCCUUCUUCCAUCACCCCGCCCCAUUCUCUCGCUUUCCAUCACACCGCCCCAUUCUCCCGCUUUCCAUAACGCCGCCCCAUUCUCCCGCUUUCCAUCACCCCGCCCCAUUCUCCCUCCUUCCAUCACCCCGCCCCAUUCUCCCGCUUUCCAUCACCCCGCCCCAUUCUCCCUCCUUCCAUCACCCCGCCCUAUUCUCCCUCAUUCCAUCACCCCGCCCCAUUCUCCCGUUUUCCAUCACCCCGCCCCAUUCUCCCGCUUCCCAUAACCCCACCCCAUUCUCCCGCUUUCCAUCACCCCGCCACAUUUUCCCACUUUCCAUCACCCCGCCCCCUUCUCUCUCCUUCCAUCACCCCGCCCCAUUCUCCCUCCUUCCAUCACCCCGCCCCAUUCUCCUGCUUUCCAUCAGCCCGCCCCAUUCUCCCGCUUUCCAUCACCCCGCCCCUUUCUCCCACUUUCCAUCUCCCCGCCCCAUUCUCCCGCUUUCCAUCACCCCGCCCCAUUCUCCCGCUUUCCAUCACCCCGCCCCAUUCUUCCGCUUCCAAUCAUCCCGCCCCAUUCCACCGCUUUCCAUCACCCCUCCCCAUUCUCCCUCCUUCCAUCACCCCGCCCCAUUCUUCCGCUUUCCAUCACCCGCCCCCAUUCUCCCGCUUUCCAUCACCCCGCCCCAUUCUCCCGCUUUCCAUCACCCCGCCCCAUUCUUUUGCUUUCAAUCACCCCGCCCCAUUCUCCCGCUUUCCAUCACCCUGCCCCAUUCACCCGCUUUCCAUCACUUGCCCCAUUCUCCCGCUUUCCAUCACCCCGCCCCAUUCUCCCGCUUUCCAUCACCCCGCCCCAUUCUCCCGCCUUCCAUCACCCCGCCCCAUUCUCCCGCUUUCCAUCACCGCGCCCCAUUCUCAUGCUUUCCAUCACUCCGCCCCAUUCUCCUGCUUUCCAUCACCCCGACCCAUUCUCCCACAUUCCAUCACCCCUCCCCAUUCUCCCUCCUUCCAUCACCCCGCCUCAUUUUCCCUCCUUCCAUCACCCCGCCCCAUUCUCCCGCUUUCCAUCACCCCGCCCCAUUCUCCCGCUUUCCAUCACCCAGCCCCAUUCUCCCGCUUUCCAUCACCCUGCCCCAAUCUCCCGCUUUCCAUCACCCCGCCCCAUUCUCCCGCUUUCCAUCACCCUACCCCAUUCUCCCGCUUUCCAUCACCUCGCCCCAUUCUCCCUCUUUCCAUCACCCCGCCCCAUUCUCCCGCUUUCCAUCACUCCGCCCCAUUCUCCCGCUUUCCAUCACUCCGACCCAUUCUCCCACUUUCCAUCACCCCGCCCCAUUCUCCCUCCUUCCAUCACCUCGCCUCAUUCUCCCUCCUUCCAUCACCCCGCCCCAUUCUCCCGCUUUCCAUCACCCCGCCCCAUUCUCCCGCUUUCCAUCACCCAGCCCUAUUCUCCCGCUUUCCAUCACCCCGCCCCAUUCUCCCGCUUUCCAUCACCCUGCCCCAAUCUCCCGCUUUCCAUCACCCCGCCCCAUUCUCCCGCUUUCCAUCACCCUGCCCCAUUCUCCCGCUUUCCAUCACCCCACUCCAUUCUCCCGCUUUCCAUCACCCAGCCCCAUUCUCCCGCUUUCCAUCACCCCGCCCCAUUCUCCCGCUUUCCAUCACCCCACCCCAUUCUCCCUCCUUCCAUCACCCCCCCCAUUCUCCCGCUUUCCAUCACCCCGUCCCAUUCUCCCGCUUUCCAUCACUCCGCCCCAUUAUCCCUCCUUCCAUCACCCGCCCCAUUCUCCCUCCUUCCAUCACCCCGCCCCAUUCUCCCGCUUUCCAUCACCCCGCCUCAUUCUUCCGCUUCCCAUAACCCCACCCCAUUCUCCCGCUUUCCAUCACCCCGCCACAUUCUCCCACUUUCCAUCACCCCGCCCCCUUCUCUCUCCUUCCAUCACCCCGCCCCAUUCUCCCACCUUCCAUCACCUUGCCCCAUUCUCCCGCUUUCCAUCAGCCCGCCCCAUUCUCCCGCUUUCCAUCACCCCUCCCCUUUCUCCCGCUUUCCAUCACCCCUCCCCAUUAUCCCUCCUUCCAUCACCCCGCCCCAUUCUCUCGCUUUCCAUCACCCCGCCCCAUUCUCCCGCUUUCCAUCACCCCGCCCCAUUCUUCCUCCUUCCAUCACCCUGCCCCAUUCUCCCGCUUUCCAUCACCCGGCCCCAUUCUCCCUCCUUCCAUCACCCCGCCCCAUUCUCCCUCAUUCCAUCACCCCGCCCCAUUCUCCCGCUUUCCAUCACCCCGCCCCAUUCUCCCGCUUCCCAUAACCACACCCCAUUCUCCCGCUUUCCAUCACCCCGCCACAUUUUCCCACUUUCCAUCACCCCGCCCCCUUCUCUCUCCUUCCAUCACCCCGCCCCAUUCUCCCUCCUUCCAUUACCCCGCCCCAUUCUCCCGCUUUCCAUCACCCCGCCCCAUUCUCCCGAUUUCCAUCACCCCGCCCCAUUCUCCCGCUUUCCAUCACACCCGCCCCAUUCUCCCGCUUUCCAUCAUCCCGCCCCAUUCUCCCUCCUUCCAUCACCCCGCCCCAUUCUCCCGCUUUCCAUCACUCCGCCCCAUUCUCCCUCCUUCCAUCACCCCACGCCAUUCUCCCUCCUUCCAUCACCCCGCCCCAUUCUCCCGCUUUCCAUCACCCCACCCCAUUCUCCCGCUUCCCAUAACCCCACCCCAUUCUCCCGCUUUCCAUCACCCCGCCACAUUCUCCCACUUUCCAUCACCCCGCCGCCUUCUCUCUCCUUCCAUCAACCCGCCCCAUUCUCCCUCCUUCCAUCACCCCGCCCCAUUCUCCUGCUUUCCAUCAGCCCGCCCCAUUCUCCCGCUUUCCAUCACCCCUCCCCUUUCUCCCGCUUUCCAUCUCCCCGCCCCAUUCUCCCGCUUUCCGUCACCCCGCCCCAUUCUUCCGCUUCCCAUCAUCCCGCCCCAUUCCCCCGCUUUCCAUCACCCCUCCCCAUUCUCCCUCCUUCCAUCACCUCGCCCUAUUCUCCCGCUUUCCAUCACCCCGCCCCAUUCUUCCUCCUUCCAUCACCCCGCCCCAUUCUCCCGCUUUCCAUCACCCCGCCCCAUUCUCCCUCCUUCCAUCACCCCGCCCCAUUCUCCCUCAUUCCAUCACCCCGCCCCAUUCUCCCGCUUUCCAUCACCCCGCCCCAUUCUCCCGCUUCCCAUAACCCCACCCCAUUCUCCCGCUUUCCAUCACCCCGCCACAUUUUCCCACUUUCCAUCACCCGGCCCCCUUCUUUCUCCUUCCAUCACCCCGCCCCAUUCUCCCUCCUUCCAUCACCCCGCCCCAUUCUCCCGCUUUUCAUCAGCCCGCCCAAUUCUCCCGCUGUCCAUCACCCCGCCCCUUUCUCCCGCUUUCCAUCACCCCGCCCAAUUCUCCCGCUUUCCAUCACUCGGCCCCAUUCUCCCGCUUUCCAUCACCCCGACCCAUUUUCCCCCCUUCCAUCACUCCGCCCCAUUCUCCCGCUUUCCAUCACCCCGGCCCAUUCUCCCGCUUUCCAUCACUUAGCCCCAUUCUCCCGCUUUCCAUCACCCCGCCCCAUUUUUCCGAUUUCCAUCACCCCGCCCCAUUCUCCCGCUUUCCAUCACCCUGCCCCAAUCUCCCGCUUUCCAUCACCCCGCCCCAUUCUCCCUCCUUCCAUCACCCCGCCCCAUUCUCUUGCUUCCCAUAACCCCACCCCAUUCUCCCGCUUUCCAUCACCCCGCCACAUUUUCCCACUUUCCAUCACCCUGCCCCCUUCUCUCUCCUUCCAUCACCCCGCCCCAUUCUCCCUCCUUCCAUCACCCCGCCCCAUUCUCCCGUUUUCCAUCAGCCCGCCCCAUUCUCCUGCUUUCCAUCACCCCGCCCCAUUCUUCCGCUUCCCAUCAUCCCGCCCCAUUCCCCCGCUUUCCAUCACCCCUCCCCAUUCUCCCUCCUUCCAUCACCCCGCCCUAUUCUCCCACUUUCCAUCACCUGCCCCAUUCUCCCACUUUCCAUCACCCCGCCCCAUUCUCCCGCUUUCCAUCACCCCGCCCCAUUCUCCCGCUUUCCAUCACCCUGCCCCAUUCACCCGCUUUCCAUCACCCGCCCCAUUCUCCCGCUUUCCAUCACCCCGCCCCAUUCUCCCGCUUUCCAUCACCCCGCCCCAUUCUGCCGCUUUUCAUCACCGCGCCCCAUUCUCCCGCUUUCCAACACCCCAGCCCAUUCUCUCGCUUUCCAUCACCCCGCCCCCUUCUUCCUCCUUCCAUCACCCGCCCCAUUCUUCCGCUUUCCAUCACCCCGCCCCAUUCUCCCGCUUUCCAUCACCCCGCUCCUUUCUCCUGCUUUCCAUCACCCCGCCCCAUUCUCCCGCUUCCCAUAACCCCACCCCAUUCUCCCGCUUUCCAUCACCCCGCCACAUUUUCCCACUUUCCAUCGCCCCGCCCCCUUCUCUCUCCUUCCAUCACCCCGCCCCAUUCUCCCUCCUUUCAUCACCCCGCCCCAUUCUCCUGCUUUUCAUCAGCCCGCCCUAUUCUCCCCCUUUCCAUCACCCCGCCCCAUUCUUCCGCUUCCCAUCAUCCCGCCCCAUUCCCCCGCUUUCCAUCACCCCUCCCCAUUCUCCCUCCUUCCAUCAACCCGCCCCAUUCUCCCACUUUCCAUCACCCGCCCCAUUCUCCCGCUUUCCAUCACCUCGCCCCAUUCUCCCGCUUUCCAUCACCCCGCCCCAUUCUCCCGCUUUCCAUCACCCCGCCCCAUUCUCCCGCUUUCCAUCACCCCGCCCCAUUCUCCCGCUUUUCAUCACCCCGCCCCAUUCUCCUUCUUUACAACACCCCAGCCCAUUCUCUCGCUUUCCAUCAGCCCGCCCCCUUCUUCCUCCUUCCAUCAUCCCACCCCGUUCUCCCACUUUCCAUCACCCCGCCCCAUGGGGCAGGCUGAUGUAA